AUACCAAAACACACGAACAGCUUUCGGUGCGCACCUGUGUGUUUCAGGAAGUGGAGUUUUGGUUGUGCUCGGCGAUAAAUUUAAGUCAUGUUUGAUGUAAUUUCUCGAGUUUGGAUCAAUAUGGCAUGUUCUAGAAGGAUUAUAGCAGGACUUCUGGCAAUUUUUUGUCUGUGCUAUGAUGACGUAACCGCCCUCUCACGGACUGUCGUAUUCAAGGGAAAUUCAGCCGAGCUCGAAUGCCAAGUCGACGGCGCCGUCAUCACCAUCAAUUGGAUGAAAGGAGACGACAUCGAUACUGCGAUCACAGUGGCAUCGUUUAUUGAUGGCGUUCGCGAGGGAAGCGACGGUGGUCGUAUCUCGAUGUCGCCGUCCCGGUCGCUGGUGAUCAAUGACGUCGGGAUAGAGGAUGAAAGCACGUAUUUUUGCGUCGUCAUGUUGACGUCAUCAAGCAACGAGGAGGUGAUUGAGACGGAGUUAGUGGUUGCAGUGCCCCCUGCGGAGCCGUACCCUGACAUCGUGUUGCUCGAACCGACAUCUUCCCCAUCAACAAACGCAUCUUGUCAGUACACCAUACCACAGGGCACGCAAUACAGAUUAUCAUGCGAGGUUGCUAGCUUCAGGCCAUCCGUCGAGUUACUCUGGUUCGUCGACAACGUAUACGAGCGCGGAGCACCGUUGAAGUUUGCCGACAAUCCAGACGGAACUAAGGACGUGUAUGGUAGUCUUGAUGUGACAAUGGGUGCUUCAAAUAUGGAAUUUAGAUGCGAAGUAAACGGCGAGGCUAUACCGGACCCACCUCGGACAAACACAGCUCUAGUGUGCUCGAUUCCAGGCGCAUCUGGCGGUGGAGGAAAUAACACUACAACUAUUAUUGUAGUAGUGGUAAUCGUCAUUGUAUUGAUAGCUGCUGUUAUCGGGAUUGCAUUAUGGAUGAGAAUAUUGAUAAAAGACACAAUGGUCCGUUCAAACUACAGUAAAACUGUUAGUGCUGAUGACGACACACCAUCGCGAGGACGAAUGUCAAACUUCUGUCACAUUUGUUUUGCGACCUGCUGCCCAUGUACGGUAAGGGACGACGAAAUCGAUGCGGAAACACAGAGGAGAAAAAAGACAUCGUCAUCACAGCCGAGUGACGAGAGAGAAAAGAAACGGAAAGCGCCAUCUGCUGCAUUAAAAGCAAGAAUUCAACAAAAUCGUAAGAAGCAGAGUGGAAAGUCUGGAGAAGAAAACGGUAAUCAGUUACCUUCAGAUAAACCACAUGAACAUUCUCCUAUGCUUGAAAACCCAAAUGAGACGCCAACACCAGUGAAUAAUAAACCUCCAGGAGCCAGGCCUAAGACGAGACCGAUUGAUGAUGCUUCGGUGGUUAUAAGAGUUCCGCAUCAAGCAGCACAAGGUCGUGGAGGGACGAACGGGGUAGCUAUGGGUGAAGCAGAGACCGGAUUCUGAUGACAUUAAACUUUGCGACACCGGACAUCGAUUGAUCAGUACUUCUUUUUGUUUUCUUUUAACGUGAUCAGAAAAUGACUGUGAUCCGUCAUGAUGAAUAUCCUUCGAUGGAUAAAUUGCCUUGAAAUUGACAGUAAGCAGGAUCCUGUCUGGACCUUGGCUGGACACAAUGGUGCAAAAUCCUUCUCCGCUAUAUGGAUGUGACGCGGUCAAGUGCUGUUGCGGGAUGACAGACCAAGUGGAGUAGAAAGAGCUUGUCAAUUUUUAGAAGUACACUGUAAAGGAGUUUUGACCGCAAAUAGGCAGUCCCAAUGUUGUUUUCUUGGAUGCUUGCGACAACCGGGGAAUAUUCCUGAGGAACAAAUCUUAAGAAAGCUGUUUUGUCAAAGAAGGGUUUGGGCACUUGUUUAAUAUUUGUGCCAAGUGUUGCCUCCUUGCUUUUAAAGUUUUAUGAAGACAGUUUCCCAGUCGUUGUCCAGGCGAGUUGUUUGUCCGAACAAGACGGCAAUUUCAGGAACCUUACGAUCAAUAUUUCAUAACUUGUAAUGUGAGACAAUAUUACAGUGCCGAAAUGUAAACAUUAUUUCUGUUAUUUGGUGCAUAUAUGUUAAGAAAACUCAGAUCAAAUGUUGUUGUGUUUAUCUGCCUAAAGAUCAAAUCCAUCCAAACAAAAAGUUGAUUUGAAUAACGAGAAAAAUCAAACAAGAGCGACGCUGAAAAUCUCAUCAAAUUCGGGUUUCAAAUAAAAAAGAUAUGAUUUUAAAAAGGGACCGCGUUCACAGUGGGAAGAACGACAUCAGUGUUUUCACCACAAGAUUCCCUGGUUUGAGAACCGGCAAUGUGUGAUCGCAUCUCAAGUCUCGCGAUUUUUUACUACCUUUUUAAGAACUUUCAUCAUUUAAGUUUUAUAUAAUAUGUACUCAACUCUUGAAUGGUUGACAAUCUAGUGGUGAAUAUUUAAUUCCGAGUUAUCGAAAUAAUUUUUCCUGAUGUUACAAUUAUACCAACGAAUCCGACUCUUAACCGAUCAGUGUAUGUCAUCGGUAUUAACGAAACAUAAAUGGUCGGUCUGGAGUCGGUUUGCCGGUUUGAUUGCGAUAUUUUACAAUAACUGUAGUCAAACCGACCGAUGGUAUGUAAUUGAAACUAACGUAUUAGGUUCAUUUGUGUGACUGUAGCCUUGGACAACAUCGACUCUGUUUUCUCCCCCCCCCCCAUGGCGCGAAGAAGCGAUUAAAUGAGGUCAUGAAAUUUGUUUUUUUUAUGUUUUCUUUUUAAAUAGUGAUACUGCCAUUUUACUCAUUUUUAAACUCAUGGACAUUCUCUCUUUGACAUCUUGUAUUCAUACAAUGUUUUUAUCCGCUAAUUAUUCAAUUUUUAGCAUUCAACAUCCUUAUGCUAUUUUUAGAGAAUAGUUUAGGAGGUUUUUAUUAUAUUCAAGUGGAAUAAUUAUGCAGCUGAAAUUUAAUUUGUAAAUUACAAUGAAUUACGUGAGGAUAAUAAGGCUAUUUUCUCAUCAGUGCCAACAUUUGAAAUGUCUCUGUAUAUAAAGUUUAUUCUUCUUAACGUCUUAUAUAUAGUGAGCUACAAAAUAUUUCCAGCAAGGCUAUAUUCACUUUCGUUUCUAGAAUAGUAUUCUGCAUAUUUCGAUUUGCGCUUGAUAUUUAUUUGUAUUUUUUUUGUAUUUGUAUUUGAAAGAAACCCUUUCUGCAACGGA